GGCUGGGGAAGGGAGGGUGAGAGGAGAAAAAGAAGGAAAAAAAAAAAAAAAAGAAAAAAAGAAAAAUAUUGAAGAGUGAAAACCGGCAGGUCUUUCUUCGAGCUGUACUCCGAGAGGAAAGGGCAGUGCCGAGCCCGAGGAGGAAGGAUGAUCGGCGCGGCGGCCGUGUGGCUGCUGGCGCUCUGCCUGCACGCUGCUGCCCUCCCGCAAACUACAAAUCUGAACCUUCCUCCUGAAGAUCUCGAUUCAUCUGGUGACGACGAUGAUGGUUUCUCAGGUUCAGGUGCAGGUCCCCUGGCUGACCCGUCUCUCACCUGGAGAAUCCCAGCAGAGCCAACUAACUCCUCGCUGCCAGCAACACCAAUGGAUUUCAAUGAGCAGCUGUUUCCCAGAACUGAGAGCCGAACUGAAAAGGAAGUAACAGCUCCCCCUGCAACGAGUAAUGUGCUGACAGUGGAGCCAGCUGUAGCUGUGAAGGAUGAAGUACCCAUCCUGGGCUCACCCGAUGAAAAACCAACAAACGAUGUGGUUACAACAGAGAGAAGCCCCACUACUCACUUUCCUUCAGUGCUUCAUGUAAUUCCUUCAGAAGCCUCAGACACGGUCCACGAGCUUGAACCCAAAGCCCCUGGCUCUGACACGCCAGACACUAUAAACAUACUUCAGACUGACUCCACCAUCCAUCACGAGGUGGGAGGCAUCACUGCUGCCCCCACGACAGCUCCAGAGGAUGUAGCUCCUACACAUGAGGAGGUUUCUGAAGAUGGCUCCGGAGACCCGGGAGACUUCAUCUUGAUUAAAGACGAGGAUUUGGUCCCCACCCAGAACUCUGAAGUGCCGGCUGACUCUGGGAGGAAUGCCAAAGCAGCAGGAGCCUCGGGAAUUAUGGACAGGAAAGAAGUUCUUGGAGGUGUUAUUGCUGGAGGACUGGUAGGCUUGGUGUUUGCAGUGUUUCUAGUUGCAUUUAUGCUGUACAGAAUGAAGAAAAAAGACGAAGGAAGCUAUUCACUGGAUGAACCAAAACAGUCUAACGGAGGAUACCAAAAACCACACAAACAAGAAGAAUUCUAUGCAUAAACUCUGAUCUUCAGGACACUUCUUAUUCCAUCUUUCUUGGACUCUUCUCUCCCUGCACAUGGACCUCCUAGUGCGCUUUGCAUUAAACUUAAGCCAUAUGAUCAUUGGGUUAUUUGCCCUUACCACCUAGCCAUUGGAAAUUUUUGUAACUACAAAGUAGAUCUGGAUUCACUGAACAUUCCCUGCUUUCUUGCACAACUUUUUUGUUUGUUUGUUUUUUUAACAGAAGUGGGACUGCAAGUUCCUAAACUCGCUUUGGUUUAUCUAAAGACUGCUGGGGCAGGCGGUGGGGAGAAGAUAAGGGAGCACUGUAUGUACAAACCUCUUGAUAUUUAGGGAAAGGGAUGGCAAGAAUAAACGAUUAACAGUGCUCAAAUUCUGUAUAGCAGGGAUUCUUCCUAUUUAACUCAUAGAUGUGUUUUAAGUGUAACAAAUGGCUGCGCUGGGCAGAAGUUUGGUACACUGCAAUACUCGAUCUCUUUCUAGCUGCCGUGUUUGGAGCACUUAAUGCCUGUGAAACAUCAUGCUGACCAUGACUUCUAGUGAAAGGAGGUGCGAGGGGCAGGGUAAGCAAAUGACUGUCACAUAGUUUAAAAUAACUUAUACUUUGGAAAAGAUCACACAACAUUAUCCCCUACUCUGAACCAGCUCCUAAGCAGCUGGUGAACAUAGUAAUACAGAACCCCCAAAACUAAGUAGAAACUUCAUGUUACCAGUAGCACUGGUCUAUCCCACUACCUGUGCUCUUGAUCCUUCUAGGCUUAGGCAAGAAGUGGAUUUUUCUAAGCAUUCUCAUCUCAGAUAUUCCCUCUUAGGUGCUGAAUCUAGGGUUGGCUGUCGAGCUGUAAAUACUCCGACCCCGUGCUGCUGUGGAGUCACCAGGUGGCUGAUAGCACAUCGUAGCACCUAGCUCUCUGUGCCCUGUUCACGGUGGUUGUCUCAGAACGUGGUCAGUGCUACGACCUCGGCACACAGGGGUGGAAGGUAGAAAGCAUCAUAUCACACCUUCGCAGCUAAGGAGUAGAGAAACACAGCACCCGACCCAAGUCUGAGGAAGGCUAAGUGCAGAUGGCCUUAAAUACAUACAAGAGUUGAUGUGCUUGACUCUCGCGAUUCCGGAACGCCUCUCUUCAGAAGCUGUUCCUGCACCUUGGAGAGAAGCAACUCUAGGGAUGUCAGACUAGCAAGGGCUGAGAAGCACCUCCUGAGGAAAGUCUGGAUGCCUGAAGCUGUUGGUGGUCAAUGUGUUGCCAGAUACAAGGCACCGAAACCUCACAGGGUUUGGAGUUCUCCAGGGUACGUCAAAACCAAGUGAGAAGAGAAGUGUGGUGUUCUGCACAAGCCUUACUUCUGCUCUGCCUUCAGCUAGCUUCUUGCAAGUUCAGUUCCUCAUCACUCAGCGCAGAAGGCAUGGGGGGUGGAGGAGUGUUUACGACUGAUGUAAAUAUUUGUGCUGUUGAGCCAGAGGGAAUGAUUGGAGAAUACUGGAGAAUAUUGCAACAGUUGGUACAAAUGCUGCAGGUUAACAGUAAAACUUAAAAACCUGUGUAAUUUAAAUGAAGUAUAAAACACUCCUGAGCUGCUACGCAGCUAAAAUUGGUGCCUUCUCUACAAACCCAAGAAAAAAACAAUUUUUGAUCCAAAACUCUUCUUAAUGCACAAGAAAAGCUUGUGCGUAUAUGUAGCUGGCUGUUUAUAAGUAAAGCUGCAAAGUCCAUUAUGUCUUUUUUUUUUUUUUUUACUGAAUGAAUUUUUAUAGGUUAAUGCAACAACCGGAUGGUGUUAAUUUCAGCUGUAAUUCUUUGCUUUGUAUAGGAAUGUAGAAAUGUUGUUUGAUAGGUUUAUCUAUGAAAAGAGUCUUGUAAAGCACAGGAAGAUAAAGUGGUAAACUUCAGUUGUACCUCACAACCUUGCUAGGGGGAAAGGAAAAACUGUAUAUUUUGGUAGUCUAAACUGACAGUUUGUGAAACAAACAUGACAUUCUGUGUUAUUUAAGUGGUACAAAUGAGAUAUGAGUUCUAACAAAAGAUGCAACACUCGGUUAUCUGUAUGCCCUGUAAAGGUAUACUGCAAUAAAUGGCAUUUUGGCAAGAA